AUGUUAAGUUCGCUUGAUGCAUUAGCUAGUAAAAUAUCACCUGGCUCAGGAAACAAAUCUCCGUCCCAGCAGCAACUUCAGCAACAGCAAACAACUCAACAACAGUUGUCACCAACAAGUUACUAUCAACAGGAGUGCAUAGACAAUCAACAGCAGCAGCAAUCAUCUCAUACUCAUUCUUUACGUUUAAACGGUAAUCAUUACAAUGUUGGUGGCUUGGAUAGCAAUGGAAACAAAUUAUGUCACAUCACUCACAAUACCAUACAUCCCUAUCACAAACAACCGAAUUCACCAAACAGCAGCCACAGCAACAACAACAACACCAGCAGCAACCACCACCAUAACCACAAUCAUAGCACGAACCUUGCCAACAGUUUGCUGCAACAGCAAACAAAGUUGGCAACGUAUACAACAUCAUCGACCCCACCAACGACACCGUUAUCGGCCUCAUCUCUCUCACCCCAAGAAUGCCUGCAACAACAACAACAACAUGAAUUGUUUCAACAACAGCUGCAACAACGUCAACAGAGUUUGCAACAACAGCAGAUGCAGCAUCAACGCCAACAACAGUCACUCUCUUCUGCUCCAUUGUCGCCAACAACAACAUCCUCCCAUUCAUACGACGAAAAUGAUUCCCAGCAUGAGUUUAGCAGUUGUCUGAAGGAAAAUGCAUUUGGUAUGAGUGAUAAAAGUAGUACAACCAAUAGCCUACCGAAUAGUCCAAUACAUAGUAACAACAAUAAUACAUCGCUGUUGAAUAACAACAAUACCAGCCUCUGCAAUCACAAUAUACCCAACAACAAUAACAACAACAACAAUACCAUCAUCAGCAACAAUAAUACCAACAACAACAAUAAUAAUACAUGUAGUGCCAAUCGUAAUGUUGUCGAUGAUGACUCUUGUUUUCGCAUGGACGCCGAUACACCAUACGGUGAAAAGGAGCCAGAUCCAGACAAUAUUAAAAUGUUUGUUGGCCAGGUGCCAAAAUCUAUGGAUGAGGCUCAACUACGCGAAAUGUUUGAAGAGUAUGGUCCGGUGCAUUCAAUAAAUGUAUUGAGAGAUAAAGCAACUGGAAUUAGUAAAGGUAAGUGUAAGAAGACUGGCACAAAAUAUCUCAUUUGGUUUACAGUUUUUCACAUGGAGAUCCUCAAAGUAGGCAAAAUUUUUUUUGAUAUUUUGAGAAUUUUUUUUAAUAUAAUAUUUAAAUAUUUCUCUUUAUUUUACUUGCAGAUGUAUCAUCCCAUCCAAAUGAAACCCGCCGAUAGUGAAAAUCGUAAUGAACGCAAACUGUUUGUUGGCAUGCUAAAUAAGAAACUGAACGAGAACGACGUACGUAAAUUAUUUGAAGUGCACGGUGCGAUCGAAGAGUGUACGGUGUUGCGUGAUCAGAACGGUCAAAGUAAAGGGUGUGCAUUUGUGACGUUUGCCACAAAACACGCAGCGAUAUCAGCGAUUAAAGUAACUUUAAAUCAAAAUAAAACUAUGGAAGGCUGCACUUCACCAUUAGUUGUGAAAUUCGCCGAUACCCAAAAGGAAAAGGAACAAAAGAAAAUUCAACAAAUCCAGGCGAAUUUGUGGAAUUUGGCGACGAAUAUUAAUAUACCUUUGGGUCAAACAGCGACAACGGUUUCGACGCCCAUGCUACCCAAUCCACCCCAACAGGCGAGUCCUGUUUUGGGCGCAGAUGCUAUAACGCCAGCAUCAUUGCAGUUGUUGCAACAAUUGCAGGCAGUCGGUUUACAACAGCAGCUAUUGCAAGGUUUGGGUGCACAAACGAAUACUGCAGAUACAGCAGCUGCCACAGCUGCUGCUGCAGCCGCUGGUCUUCUACCUCCUAUGACUGUACAAAACUUAGCUGCUCUGGCAGCCAUGACACAACCCUCAUUGACAAAUGCUGCCACUAAUCCGGGCAGUGCCCAGUUGACAAAUACAGCCGCCUUAUUGUGUCUAUUAGGAAAAACUGCCAGUACAGGGUCUGAUCCAAACUCUUUAGCUUCAGCUUAUAUGUCAACAGCCGGUUUACCACAAUUUGGUAGCGCCGCCUUAACUUCUUCACCUUUAGCCAGUGUUGCCUUAAGUACUGCAGCUGCUGCAGCAGCAGGAAAACAAAUCGAGGGUAAGUGAAAGAAAAUUUUGUUA